AUGGUGCUCCUCAGUGGUGACAGCACCGCCGCGGUGACAUGCGGCUGCCUCUGCUCAGCCUCAGCAGGAGCGAUGCUGCCCUACCGGAGGGAGAGCCCAGCCCUGCCCCGCUGCCCGGUGCGGGGAGGAAGGGUGGUGCAUGGGCCCCAGUUUGCCUACUGCCCCAGCCCCCAAGCUCUGCACCGGCUCCCGGGUGCCCAUGCCUGCCCCUUCACCGUCAGUGCGGUGCCUUGCCCUGACCAUGGCUUCCCCUGCCCCGGCUCCCCGGGGCGCCUGGGCGAGGGCAGGGAGCGGUAUGAGCUGGAGGCGCUGCCCUGGCAGGGGCCCCGGCUGGGCUUGGACGAGCUGCAGAAGCCAGAGCUGGGGUGCUGGGCCAGGGUCCAGUCCAUCUGUGUCUCCCUUCUCAAGGUGCCCCUGAUGUUUGGGUUCCUGUACCUCUUUGUGUGCUCUCUGGAUGUGCUCAGCUCUGCCUUCCAGCUGGCCGGAGGCAAGGUGGCCGGGGACAUCUUCAAGGACAACGCCAUCCUCUCCAACCCGGUGGCUGGGCUGGUGGUGGGCAUCCUGGUGACCGUGCUGGUGCAGAGUUCCUCCACCUCCACCUCCAUCAUUGUCAGCAUGGUCUCCUCAGGGCUGCUGGAGGUACGCUCUGCCAUCCCCAUCAUCAUGGGCUCCAACAUUGGCACCUCUGUCACCAACACCAUCGUGGCCCUCAUGCAGGCUGGUGACCGCAGUGAGUUCAAACGGGCCUUUGCUGGUGCCACGGUGCAUGACUGUUUCAACUGGCUGUCGGUGCUGGUCCUGCUGCCACUGGAGGUGGUGAGCGGGUACCUGCACCAUGUCACUCGCCUGGUUGUGGCCACCUUCAACAUCCGCAGUGGGAAGGAUGCCCCUGACCUGCUGAAGAUCAUCACAGAGCCCUUCACCAAGCUCAUCAUCCAGCUGGACAAGUCGGUGAUCACAGGCAUUGCAAUGGGGGACGAGAGCCUGCGUAACCGGAGCCUCAUCCGUGUCUGGUGUGGCCCUGCACCCCCACAGACAGCUGCUGUGGGGCUUGGAUCCUCCCUGAACUGCACGGCUCCUGGCCACUGCAGCCCUAAGGGCAUCGAGAGCCUCCGCAACAUCACCAGGCAGAAGUGCGAACACCUCUUCACUGACACACCGCUGCCUGACCUGGCCGUGGGGCUGGUGCUGCUGGCCGGGUCUCUUGUCGUGCUCUGCACCUGCCUCAUCCUCCUGGUCAAACUCCUCAACUCCCUGCUCAAGGGGCAGGUGGCCAAAGCCAUCCAGAAGGUCAUCAACACUGACCUCCCGCACCCGCUCAGCUGGCUCACUGGGUACUUCGCCAUGGUGGUUGGUGCUGGCAUGACCUUCGUGGUGCAGAGCAGCUCUGUCUUCACCUCGGCCAUCACACCCCUGAUUGGCCUGGGGGUGAUCAGCAUAGAGCGCGCCUACCCACUGCCCCUGGGCUCCAACAUCGGCACCACCACCACCGCCAUCCUGGCCGCUCUGGCCAGUCCGGGGGACAAGCUGGCCAGCUCCUUUCAGAUCGCCCUCUGCCACUUCUUCUUCAACAUCUCUGGCAUCCUGCUGUGGUACCCGCUGCCCUUCACCCGGCUGCCCAUCCGCAUGGCCAAGGCACUGGGCGAGCGCACAGCCAAGUACCGCUGGUUCGCUGUGCUGUACCUUAUUGUCUGCUUCCUCCUGCUGCCCUCCCUCAUCUUUGGCAUCUCCAUGGCGGGCUGGCAGGCGCUGGUGGGGGUGGGCGCACCCUUCCUCAGCCUCCUUUUCUUCGUGGGGCUGCACUCGCUCUCUCUUCCCGGCAGGGCUUCUCCAAUGGCCGCCGAAUGA